AUGGCGGAGUUGCUGUGUAGGAUGCUCCAUAAGUGGGAAUCUGAUAAUAAAUUCCAUGGCGUGAAGUUUGGUCGGUUUUCACCUCCGAUUAGCCACUUAAUGUUCGCCGAUGACUUUAUACUUUUUUUCCUAGCCAACUCAGAAGAAGUUAAAAAUGUGCAACAUUGUCUCCAAUUAUACGGCAAAUGGACCGGCCAGGCUUUUAAUAUGGACAAAUAUGGAGUUCUUUUCUCUCAUAAUGUCACAGGGAGUACAAAAUCAAAUAUCAAGAGCUACUUGGGAACGAAAGAACUCAAUAAGAAGACAAAACAUUUAGGUUUACCGCUAUUCAUCGAGAAGAACAAGAAUACUUCACUUGAGGAGCUUCGGAAACAAAUAAAGUUUCCAUUCCAGGGUUGGAAAGCAAAGAUACUAUCCAAAACAGGUUGUGCUACCCUUAUCAAGCAUGUGAUUACGUCAAUCUCAGUUUACGCCAUGUCGUCAUUCUUUCUUCAAGAAGGUUGGUGUGAAAAUUUGGAGAAAAUGGCUUGA